AUGUCUGAAAAAGAGGAAACUGAUUCUGUUGGUGAACCGGCCGAGGAAACAACUGAAGAAAGUGGAGAUGCUGAGGAUGAACAAACCAAGCAUCUCCCUGAGGACAUGGAGUACGACUAUGAGGCUCUUCACUCCCGACCGACCAUCACACCCGACUCUGACAUCCCAGAGAACCUCCUGCACCUCUGUCACUCCUUCGGAUACGAGAGUGGACGCAGAGCGAACCUGCAGCUGCUGGAUGAGACGACUCUGAUGUUCAUCGCAGGAAACCUGCUGGUGCUGCUGGACCUUUCCACCGAGGAGCAGAGGUACCUGCGCUCCUGCAGCGGAGGAGGAAUCGGAGCCAUCACCGUACACCCAAGCAGACAGUACUUUGUUGUAGCAGAGAAGGGAACCCAGCCCAACAUCAUCAUAUAUGAAUAUCCAUCGUUACGACUGCACCGGAUCCUCAGAGGCGGCACCGAGCAGGCGUACAGCUUCGUGGAGUUUAACCGUGACGGCAGCCUGCUCGCCAGCGUGGGCAGCUUCCCCGACUUCAUGCUGACGCUGUGGAACUGGAGGGACGAGGAGGUGAUGCUGAGCUGCAAGGCCAUUUCCCAGGAGGUCUACCGGGUCACGUUCUCCAGGUUCAACCCGGAGCUGCUCACGUCGUCCGGAUCGGGUCACAUCAAGUUCUGGAAAAUGGCGAGCACCUUCACCGGUCUGAAGCUGCAAGGGCUCGUGGGACGUUUUGGGAAAACUGCGUCGACUGACAUCGAGGGCUACGUGGAGCUUCCUGAUGGAAAGGUGGUGUCCGGCACAGACUGGGGCAACUUGCUGCUGUGGGAUGGAAACACCAUCAAGGUGGAGAUCUGCCGAAAGAACGGGCAGAGCUGCCACAACGGGUCGGUUCAGCCGUUUGUUCUGGAGGAAGGGCAGCUGCUCACCAUCGGCUCUGAUGGAAUGGUCCGGGGCUGGGACUUUGAGACCAUCGACGCGGCCGACAGCAGCAUGGAGAGCAGCCGGUUCGAGAUGGAGCCGUUAAACGAGCUGGAGGUCGGAAACAACGUGUGCCUCUCGUCUGCGGUGAAGAGCCCGCAGCCCGACUCCUUCGUCUGGUUCGCUCAGGAUUCCUGCGGAGCGAUCUGGAAACUGGAUCUUUCUUUCACCCACACGGCUCCCGAUCCAGAGUGCCUGUUUUCCUUCCAUGCCGGAGCGAUCCAGGGACUGGACGUGUCCCCGAAAUCCCACCUGAUGGCCACGAUCUCUCUGGACCGUUCAGUCAGAGUUUUUGACUUCCUGUCCAACAGGGAACUGACCAUCAGCCGCUUCUUCCAGGGUGGAACCGCUCUCAUCUGGGCUCCACCUGAGGUGAGCCAGGCUGGAGGUUUGCUGGUGACAGGUUUCGAGGACGGGGUCGUCCGCCUGCUGGAGCUGUUCGACCCUCAGCGGCUGCCGGCGGACGCCCGGCGCCAACACAAGGGAGACGCCAGACUUAACCUCAAACAGGCCUUCAAGCCCCACAAUGCACCUGUGACCGCUGUGGCGUAUGAGCGAAACGGGGACGUCUUAGCCACAGGGAGCUCAGACAGCACCGUGUUCUUCUUCACUGUCGGGGACUCGUACCGUCCAAUCGGCUGGGUCCAUGUCCCAGGGCCGGUGCUGGGGCUGCAGUGGUCCCCCCACUCCCACGAGGAAAACCGGCUGCUCGUCCUGUGUGAGAACGGUCACGUGGUCGAGCUCCACAGUCCUGAUCCCAAAGCUCAGAAGCCAUCGAAGAGCUUUGAGCUGCCGGAGCUGCCUCGUAGGUCCUUCAGGUUCAGGAGCAUCAAAUCACGAAUCAAGAGAGAGGAGGAAAAGGCAAGACGUCAGGCUGAGAGGGAGAAGAAGAAGGCAGAUCUGUUAAAAGAAUCAAAGCUGGUAGGAGUAGAAGAGGAAGAGGAGGAAGAGUUACCGGCCAUCUGCAUCCCCGACCCUCCGAGUCCUCUCUACUGUGGUUUCUACUCACAGCCUGGACAGUUCUGGCUGUCAAUGGGAGGCUUCGACUCAGGUUUCCUGUAUCACUGUAGAUUCUCUGAGGAGCAGGAUGAGGAUCCGGACCCUCAGCAGGAUGAGCCCUUUGACUUCUUACCUGUUUGUGACACCGACGAUGACCCCGUCCGCUCCGUGACCUUCAGCUCCGACAGGAAGCUGCUGCUCUGCGGGUUGCACUCAGGCAGCAUCAGGGUCUACCUGCUGCAGGACCAAGGCCUCUCCUCCAUGAAGGACUACUGGGCCCUCAGUGUUCACGACAACCAGAGCGGACACCUGCGGCACAUUCGCUUCAGCCACGAUGACAACUUUGUGCUGACGGCGGGUGAAGACGGAAACAUCUUCUCCUUCAGCCUGCCCCCCCCGGAGGAGCUGCAGACCAGCCUGCAGAAGAGGAAGGCCACGGUUCCUCCACCCAGGGUGGGUGUUGAAAAAGAGUUGUAUGCUCAGGACAUCGAGGGCCCCACAGCUGACAGCAUCGUGACGGCGAAGCUGAAGCUGGAGAAGGAUCGUCUGCAGCGGGAGGCCGAGCUGAAGAUCACCGAGAAGAAGAGGAAGCUGGCCGAGCUCCAGAAGAAGUUCAAACAGGUGCUGAAGGUCAACAGGAGUCUGCCCGAGCACGUCCGCCUGAAGCAUGAGGAGCUGGAGCUGCACCCCUGUUUCAAAGAAGAGGCAGAACGGUUGAAGCUGCAGCGGAUGAUGGAGGUCAGAGAGCAGCUGAGCUGGGAGAAGGAGCGCAGCCACAUCGCAUUCAGCAAACUGCAGGACUGGUUCAGAGACUCCGUGGAGGAGGCCAAUGUCAUCACCUUAGUUGCGAUCCGCAGCGACCUCCGAGUCUCCACCUACAGUUUGCUCAGCAAGUCCUCCGCCCAGCUGGGACAGCAGGACACGCCCAGCUGUCCUGACCGGGACAAACACGUCACAUCAGACCGCAGGAAGUCCAGAACUGAGCUGGAAAAAGACAGCAAUGACCGAGCAGAGGAGGAGGUGCUGUGCCCCAAGGUCACUCGGGCAGCAGCGGUCAAACUGGGCGAUCGGCAAGAGGAGCGGCUGAAGAAGGCUGCGGUGAAGGCCGAGCAGGCUCGAGCCAAACUAACCAUCAGGAAGCAGGAGUGGGUCCAGCUUUACGCUGAGAAACCAGACGAGGACUUCGAGGAUCCGCAGGACGUGCAGAACAUCAUCACAGCCCGAGAGAACAUCGGAGACUUGAAACUAAAGACGGACAAAGACUACACGGUGCCGAGACACCUGAUGAUGACCAGUGGGAGGAAGAGAGCGGAGCUGAAAGACCUGGAGGACAAUAUGUGUGAGAGGCAGACGGAGCUGAAUGGACAGAUCGUGGCCUUGCGGGACACCAAGGUUCUCCUGGUGUCUCAGUUGAGAGCUCAGGCUCAGCGGCUCCACAAGGUCCAGCAGCGUCUGGCGUCCCAUCUCCACCGCGCCCCCCCCGUCCUGCCGACCAUGCUGCCAGAGGAAACCCCAGAGAAGAGGCUGCAGAGCAACCGGGCCACCCUGGAGCGAUACCGGGUUCUGAGGGAACAGAGGUUAAAGGACACGCGGGAGGACAAGGAGGAGGGGACUACACGUUUGUUGGAGCAGCUGGAGAAAGAGAUGAAGGAGAAAGAGGAGGAUGAUCAGGAGAGAGGAGGAGAAGAAGAAGACGAGGAGGAGGAGACAUCAGUGGAGGAGGAAGUGGGGCUGACGGAGCUGGAGGAGGAGCUCGGCAGGGAGGAGGAGAUCAGACUGUUGGAGGAGCAGGACUCUCUGCUGGAGCAGAUGGAAACAUCUGUGUGUCAGUUUGACGCUGAGCUCCUGCAGCUGCGUCACCAGAGGAUUCAUCUGGACCUGAAGCUGACGCUGGCCGACCUCCGUCAGCUGAAGCUCUACCAGGAGCUGCUCCUCCUCAAGGAGCUGGAGACGAAGGAGAGCAGCCUGCAGGAGAAGUUCGACGCAUGCAUCAGGGAGGAGAACAGCAUCAUGUCGGACCUGGAGGAGUGUAAGGAGCAGCUGCAGCUGAAGCAGCGGGACAUGGUGAAGCUGCAGGAGAGAGAGAGGGCUCUGCGCACCGCCCUCCGGGCCUCGCUGGGCGACAACAACAAGUUUCUAGAGUUUCUCACCAAAGUCUUUGAGAAGAAAAUCAAACGUGUGAAGAAGAAGGAGCCGAGAGGUGAGGGGGAGCAAAACGUGGACAGUGAUGAAGAGUCUGAUGAGGACGACUGGGAUGAUGAUGACGAUGAUGAUGAGGAUGAUGAUUACGACAGUGAGGAAGGAGCUCUGGAUGACAGCGUGUGUCCUCCAGGCUGCGACCCUCAGAUGUUUGAAUACACACUGCAGCUGCGUGAGCGUCGGCUGGACCUGGAGGAGAUGCUGGCCGAGGACAAGAAGUGUGUGGAAGCUCUGAAGGACGAGUGUUCCGCCCUCGUCAAGAAGGAGAAACUGGGGAAGAGCAGUCGUAAAAUCGUUGAUGACGACUUGGAGUUGGUCAACAGAGAGAAACGGCAGAGAAUGAACGAGCUGGAUGUGGUGGUUCCUCUGCGCCUGCACCAGAUUGAGUUUGUGGUUGACGGCUCUGUGCCCUCGGACCUGAGCGAGGGUUUGGUGGUGGACCGGGUGGAGCUGGCCAGGCUGGGGCAGCGCAUCAAGCAGCUGCAGGUGGAGAAGGCUCAUCAGAGAGAUCUGAAGGUUCAAGCCCGGCACCAUCACAGCAAACUGCUCCGCGAGUGCAAGGACAUGAAGGCUCAAGGCCUAGAGCUGGAGAUGGAGUGCAACAAGCUGAUGAUGAUGAAGUGUGGGCGGCUGGUGAACCUGGAGGUUCUGCAGACGCUGUCGGGGAACAGGGUUCUGGAGGAGCUGAAGCAGCAGAAAGACCGUCGUGCAGCUGCUUACGAGAAAGACCUCCAGCAGUGGGAUGCGAAGGUGGCCGAGGCCCGCAAGGCUUCGAUGGAGGUCACCAGGCGUAACACGAGACAUCUCCUCACAAAGAAAAAGCUCCUCGAAGAGAAGAUAGAGCUGGAGAGUAAACUCAACGCCAGGGGGAAAAACAUUCAAUUCAGACAGUUCCAGGGCGCCAAGAGACGGAAUAUUCUGGAGUCGAUCGGCAGCCUGCAGGAGGUGGUGAGGAGGCAGUCGAGUCAGGCCGAGUCCCUCAGGAGAGACAUCGACGUCCUGUCCCACAAAGGAGGCCCGGUGUCCCCCCCCGGCCACAGCCAGCUGCCCACACCCCCCCCGUCCACCCGCACACGUCUGUCCAAACCACAAAGCUCAACCAGUGUUUCAUGA